AUGGGGGCACCUUCAGCCAUGCAGUCUGCCACGGCUGAGACCCAGACCAUCACCAACCAUGUGAAACCACUACUGGAAGAGCAGGAAAAGAACAAGUUUGCUACUUUUAAGGCUGUGGAGUUCAGGAGCCAGGUGGUCAUGGGGAGGAAAUAUUUCAUCAAGGUUCAAGUUGAUGAUGAUGAGUUUGUGCACAUUUGAGUAUUUGAAAGUCUCCCACAGGAAAACAAGCCCUUGGCCUGGUCCAACUACCAGACCCACAAAGCCAGACAUGACGCGCUGGCGUAUUUCUAG